UUUGAUGAUAUGAAGCAGCCUAAUGUGUUUGAAUAAGUUCAAGUGGUGAAGAUCUAAGAAGUUGAAUAUAAAGACUAGGGCAUGGAGGAAGGGUGAACAAAUGUAGAUGAAGAAGUGUUAAAUUUAAUAGUGGGAUUAGGUUAAUGACUGUUGAGGGUGUAUUAAACCCACCCAGAUUAUCCUCUGUUUUUCGCAGUCGCUACAGUUUGGUCAUGUAAGUUAAGACUAUUCUCUAAGAAAAACCCCUGAAUUUUAGAUGAUCCUUAAAUAAGUUUGAAGUGAAAUUUUUCAGUUCAUUUGGUCAGAUGAUAAGACCCAUGAUAGACUCUGUAUCUGUGAGGCCAUCCAGAGGAACAUCAGUAUCACCUACACAGACAGCAGCAACAUCAUGAGCACCAGAAUCAAUAUUUGAGCCAAGAAAUAGUCCUCUUGGAAAGAGUGGGCCAAGGAAACCCUCCAAUGGCUGUGAAAGCUCCAUAUUGAGGAAUCCUAAUGUAUAUAAGGAUGUUGAUGGACCAUCACUGAUAUCCGAUCUGAGAGAGUGCUUGCAAAAAAUGGAAUCGUCAGAUGAGGAUCUUAUUUACCUUGAUGAACUUAAAGUAUGCUUUGCAUCAAAAAUCCUUUCAGAAGUGAAUGAAAGCCACAUUCAAAAAUUAGAUCAGCUUGUUAAUAAAUACUUGACAGAGGAAGGCAGCCAGGUUCCACUUCUGACUUUAAAACUUUUGCAGUUGCUAUCAUUGUGUGAAAAAUUGUUUUCUUCCUCUAAAGGGCUUCAGGAGACUGUGAAAAAGACAUGUGGGAGAUUCCCCAGCAUUUCAUCUUGUUCAACUCAAGUUGAGUGCAUCAAAUUGUUCUGCUGUGCCAUCAGCCAUCAGCCUGGCCACUCCUCCUUGCUUGGUGACAGUCACUCAACAUCACUCCCUGCUGUGACAAUCAACUGUCUCCUUAGCAAAGAUUCAGAACUCCAAACAGUCGGAGCUGCUUUAGUUUCCAAUAUCGCAAGACUUAAGAUACAUGAAGACAUCGCGUUGGAGUGUUCUACAGCCGUUAUUGAACUCUUAACCAGAAAUGUUUGUCCAGAGACAGAACAUAAUUGUUUGUACGCUUUGAGAAGAUUUAUGGAUUACAAUUCAGAGGUGGCUGGCCUUCUAAGUGUCAUGGGAGUAAAUGUUGGCAAAUACAAAGGAAGAUCUUCUGACGUGGAUGAACUUUGCAGAGAUUUGGAAAAGUUACUCAGUUAAAAUCAGUCGAGAUUAUUACGCUUAUGGAUUAUGAAAAACUCAUAUGUAUGAAAAGCGUUUAACUGCUGACGAAAAAUUUAACUUGUUCAUGUCUCGGUCUAGAAAUUACUGCAUCAGAUGACGUUGUUCUUCUCCGAAAUUUCCGGAGAAAGGUCUGACUACACUACAUCCGCGUUGCUCUUGUUCAGCGGACAACUCAACCACACCGUUUUAAUUUUAAUGACCUGUUUUGGCAAUAGAAAGGAACAAAAACCUAAGAUAAUAAUGAAGUGUUAGCUCGUCAGCUAAAAAUCUAAAACUGAUUAAUUUGCAAUUACUUGGCUGAGGCGAAGUGAAUAUUGAGCACAAAAUUCAACAAGCCACAGGGAAAGUAAUUGUUAUAAUAAAAUAACUCGAGUGGAUGUCAUAGAAACUGAAUAUUCGUUUAUUUAAUUUGUUUCAUCUUGAGAAACAUCAAGAAAUCCGGUAGAGGCCAUUUUGAAAAUUAGAGUUUUUUCCUCUGCCGUAUUUUACAAUUAAUUCGCAGACUGUAGAAACAAGAUAUUUAAAUGAUCUGUUAUCAGUCAGAUCGCGCACUUCAGUUAACGUUGCUUUAAACUGAAACAAGUCUUACAAUCAAAAGUUUGUUUUAAAAUAUUUCUGCUUGUCAUAAAUCAACUGUGCUGCCUUAACAGGGAUUUUUAUUUUUAGAUAACAGUGCCCGUCUGUUAUUAUUUAAAGUCUUAAAUAUUUUAAAUACUCCAAACACAAGUAAAAUACUUGUCAAAUUUCGUAACAGACUCUGAACUUGUCAUGACAGGACCGGCUUUAAUUUGAAUGAAACGUACUUAUAAAUUAUACUUAUGGCAAAUAUUUUUCUUGGGAAUGCAUGUCAACAUGUUUGUUAUCAACAGACGUGGGUGUUAAAUUGAAUAAAAGAAAUUGUUAUUCAA